GCCCGGAGAGCCGCAUCUAUUGGCAGCUUUGUGAUCGAUGAGAAACUGCUCGCCGCCGACUCGGCUUCCAGGCUGGCUUCGCGCGACCCUUGAGUUUUCGCCUCUGUCGCGUCCCCCAUACUGACAGGUGCUCCGGGCAACUCGCUGGUGACUUCUCGCCGCUCCCCCGUCUCCCCCGCGUCCCCACCCCCUCUUUCCUCCCUCGCCUGCACCCCCACCCCCACCACCUCGGCACAGCUCGGGAUUUGUUUAAACCUUGGGAAACUGGUUCAGGUCCAGGUUUUGCUUUGAUCCUUUUCAAAAACUGGAGACACAGAAGAGGGCUCUAGGAAAAAGUUUUGGAUGGGAUUAUGUGGAAACUACCCUGCGAUUCUCUGCUGCCAGAGCAGGCUCGGCGCUUCCACCCCAGUGCAGCCUUCCCCUGGCGGUGGUGAAAGAGACUCGGGAGUCGCUGCUUCCCAAGUGCCCGCCGUGAGUGAGCUCUCGCCCCAGUCAGCCAAAUGCUCCUCUUCGGGCUUCUCCUGCUGACAUCUGCCCUGGCCGGCCAGAGACACGGGACUCAGGCUGAGUCCAACCUGAGUAGCAAAUUCCAGUUCUCCAGCAGCAACAACAAGGAACAGAACGGAGUACAAGAUCCCCAGCAUGAGAGAAUUAUUACUGUGUCUAGUAAUGGAAGUAUUCACAGCCCAAGGUUUCCUCAUACUUAUCCAAGAAAUAUGGUCUUGGUAUGGAGAUUAGUAGCAGUAGAGGAAAAUGUGUGGAUACAGCUUACAUUUGAUGAAAGAUUUGGGCUUGAAGACCCAGAAGAUGACAUAUGCAAGUAUGAUUUUGUAGAAGUUGAGGAACCCAGUGAUGGAACUAUUUUAGGGCGCUGGUGUGGUUCUGGUGCUGUACCAGGAAAACAGAUUUCUAAAGGAAAUCAAAUCAGGAUAAGAUUUGUAUCUGAUGAAUAUUUUCCUUCUGAACCAGGGUUCUGCAUCCACUACAACAUUGUCAUGCCACAAUUCACAGAAGCUGUGAGUCCUUCAGUGUUACCCCCUUCAGCUUUGCCACUGGACCUGCUUAAUAACGCUGUUACUGCCUUUAGUACCUUGGAAGAUCUUAUUCGGUAUCUUGAACCAGAUAGAUGGCAGUUGGACAUAGAAGAUCUAUAUAGGCCAACUUGGCAACUUCUUGGCAAGGCUUUUGUUUUUGGAAGAAAAUCCAGAGUGGUGGAUCUGAACCUUCUAAAAGAGGAGGUAAGAUUAUACAGCUGCACACCUCGUAACUUCUCAGUAUCCAUAAGGGAAGAACUAAAGAGAACCGAUACCAUUUUCUGGCCAGGUUGUCUCCUGGUUAAACGCUGUGGUGGAAACUGUGCCUGUUGUCUCCACAAUUGCAAUGAAUGUCAAUGUGUCCCAAGCAAAGUUACUAAAAAAUACCAUGAGGUCCUUCAGUUAAGACCAAAGAUUGGUGUCCGGGGAUUGCAUAAGUCGCUGACUGAUGUGGCCCUGGAGCACCACGAGGAGUGUGACUGUGUGUGCAGAGGGAGCACUGGCGGGUAACUGCUGACCACCGGCAGCCUUUCCCGGAGCUGUGCAGUGCCGCGCGGAUUCUGUUAGAGACCUGAUGCAUGAUCUCCAUCCGUAAUCUGAGUUGUUCACUUCCAGGAUCUUUCAUCUUCAGGAUUUACUGUGCAUUCUAAACGAGGAGACCCCAAAUGGAAUUAGGAGUUGUUCAACAGCUCUUUUGAGAGGAGGCCCAAAGGACAGGAGUAAAGGUCUUCAAUCAUGGAAACAAAUUAAAUGUUGUAGGUCACUAGCUAGUUACAGAGUUACCUUGUACCUAUUCCACUAGUUGCCUUCUGUAUUUCAGUUGUCUUACUAUGGCUUAGGCUAAUGUCACUACAGGAAAAAACUGUGCGAGUGAGCACCUGAUUCUGUUGCCUUGUUUAACUCUAAAAAUCCAUGUUCUGGGCCUAAAAUUACAGAAAAUCUGGAAUUUUUUCCUUAUAUUCACAUAUAUAAACCAGAAUGUUCUAUGUUCUACAAACUUGGUUUUUAAAAAGGAACUAUGUUGCCAUGAAUCAAACUUGUGUCAUGCUGAUAAGAAAGACUGGAUUUUCCAUAUUUCUUAUUAAAAUUUCUGCCAUUUAGAAGAAGAAAACUACAUUCAUGGUUUGGAAGAGACAAACCUGAAAAGAAGAGUGACCUUAUCUUCACUUUAUCUAUAAGUUGGUUUAUUUGUUUUAUUGUGUACAUUUUUACAUUCUCCUUUUGACAUUAUAACUGUUGGCUUUUCUAAUCUUGUUAAAGAUAUCUAUUUUUACCAAAGGUAUUUAAUAUUCUUUUUUUAUGACAACCUAGAUCAACUAUUUUUAGCUUGGUAAAGUUUUCUAAACAGAAUUGUUAUAGCCAGAGGAAACAAGAUGAUAAAAAAUAUUGUUGCUCUGACAAAAAUACAUGUAUUUUAUUCUCGUAUGGUGCUAGAGCUUAGAUUAACCUGCAUUUUAAAAUAUUGACAUGAGAAAUCAAUAGAACUGGUAAGUUGCAAAGACUUUUUGAAAAUAAAUUAUGAUGUCUUCCACCCCUGUUAUUGGAGAUGCAAAUAAAAAAGCAACAUAUGAAAGUAGACAUUCAGAUCCAGUCAUUACUAGCCUAACCCUUUUCUGGGGAAAUAUGAGCCUAGCUCAGAAAAACAUAAAGCACCUUGAAAAAAAAGAAAGACUUGACAGCUUCCUGACAAAGCGUGCUAUGCUGUGCUGUAGGAACACAUCCUAUUUAUUGUGAUGUUAUGGUUUUAUUAUCUUUAAACUCUGUUCCAUACACUUGUAUAAAUACAUGGAUAUUUUUAUGUACAGAAGUAUAUAUCCUUUAACCAGUUCACUUAUUGUACUCUGUAGCAAUUGAAAAGAAAAUCAGUAAAAUACUUCGCUUGUAAAAUGCUUGAUAUUCUGCCUAGGUUAUGUGGUGACUAUUUGGAUUAAAAAUGUAUUAAAACAUCAAAUAAAAAAAUGUGGCUAUUUUGGGGAGAAAUUAAGCAUAUGUGUGUAUGUGCAAGAUUUAUCACUUGAACUCCAAGAAAAUGAAAGUGAUACAGUGUUGUGUUACCAUGAUUUUCAUUAUGCAAAAGCAUAUGUCAAUUCAAAAGCCAGGUAGAAAAGGCAGCAUUUCUGUUAAGACUUUCUGCCUCUCCUUUCCAGUGCCUUUGAGCAGUGGUUUUCUUUUCCUCACUGGAUUUAAUACUGAUUUCUGGUAUAUUAAAUUGCAUGUGACUUAAAAGUUGUGUGUAAUUUAUGGAUGCUUAGUGAUAGGUUGUAUGGAAGUAUGGAACUGGAAAAAACAACUUAAAACUUUCCACUCGUGUCUUUAUUUUCAAUGGUAACUAUUAAAUAGGGUGAGCAUAAGCGGAUUUGCUAGAUAGAUUAAAGUGUUUUACAUAGCACACUUCAAGGUGUGGUUUCUCAAUUCCAGACAUAGAUUUCUAUUCAGGGCUGGUAUCUUCAGCACCUUUCCUCUGUCUUCAUCUUACUGGAGAUGUCUACUGCCCGGAGCCAGAAGUCCUCAGACUCCUCUUCCAGGCAGUGCCUGUUCUUUGUACUAUUACAUCUUGCAGUUCUUCCCUGGCCCCAACCACAUGAAAAACAAAUAAACAAAAUGAUCAUAUGUGUUCUUAUUUCAUUACAUUUUUGUAGUUUUGUCCCAGCCCUAUAGAUGCCCACUAGAUGUAGCCUAACUGCUCCACAAAAAAUGCAAAGCAGUUGGCAAUUUACAGCUCUCAUUAGAAGACUCUUAAAUCUUACAGCAAAUGACCUGUUUGUGUUUAAUCCAGCAUUUCCAACCGUUGAAUGGAAUGCCUUCUUUCCCUUUUACUUUUAGAAUUUAUUUUUUGUUUACUUAUAAAAUGUUGACAACCAAAAUAAAUUCCUCUAUAAAGGUAGCAAUCCCACACACUAUUGACAGUCAGUGAGUAGAAAAGGUGUGAAGACCAACUGCUUUAUAACCAUUUACUCAUAGAUCUUACUGUAUGUUCCAUUUAUAAAAUAAAACCCAUUAAUAGCACGUGUGACCCUAAUUUCUCAGAAGUCCAGGAAGUAUUGACUGUAUUGACCACCCACUGUUUUGUAUAUAUCUGUGAUUCAUGCCUUUAACCCUGAGCAAUGGACUGUUUUGCCUUGUGAUGUUUAUUAAAAUAAAAGAGCAAGCCUUAAUUGUCAUGA